AUGGUUGGCUCUUUACUAUAUUUGACGGCAAGCCGUCCUGACAUCAUGUUUAGCGUGUGUUUAUAUGCUCGUUUCCAAGCAAAUCCAAAGGAGUCACAUCUCACGGCGGUCAAGAGAAUCAUGAAGUACCUCAAGGGAACAACCAACGUUGGAUUAUGGUAUCCUAAAGGUAGUGUUUGUAAGUUAAUUGGUUAUUCUUACGCGGAUUAUGCAGGAUGUAAAACAGAUAGAAAAAGUACUAGUGGGACAUGCCACAUUCUUGGAAAUGCACUAGUUUCGUGGGCUUGCAAGAAACAAGCAUGUGUUGCUCUAAGCACGGCCGAAGCAGAAUACAUCGCGGCAGGUAGCUGUUGUGCUCAAAUACUUUGGCUUAAGCAACAACUUCGUGACUACGAACUCGAUCUUGGAUGCAUUCCUCUCCUCUGUGACAACACUAGUGCGAUAAACAUUACAAAAAAUCCGGUCAUGCACUCAAGAACCAAACACAUUGAUAUUCGACAUCACUUUCUUUGUGAUCAUGUGCUUCAAGGAGAUGUCGAAGUCACUUUUGUAGAUACUCAUAAUCAACUGGCCGACAUCUUCACAAAACCUCUGGCGCGAGAACCUUUCUACAAAAUUCAAAGGGAACUUGGGAUUCUAGAUGAGUGUGAUAUUUAA